GAGUAAACACUAACUCCUCCUUCCCGGUGACAGGCGGCACCGCUGAAGCAUCGCCUCGCCUUUUCCAAGACAAUCUGCGCAAAGGACUCACCUCCGGAGCCGUCCAGGUGGUGAACGCCGACAACUCGAGCCGUUGUGUUUUCUCCGUGAGCCGACCAACACCUCGCCGAUCGCCUCUGCCGCCGGGCCCUGCAACGAUGUGACCGCUGGAGUCGACAGUAUCAUGGACCUGGGAAUCAGCCGACAUUGAACCAAACUCAUCAGCCACAAUGGUCCCACUUCUGUUUUUGGUGGCAACCACAACAACAUCCAAUAACACCAGCAAUGGAAACAAUACACAAGGACACGUCUCGUCCCCCAGCCCCCACAUCCUCCCCACCGUGCUGGUGCUGUCGCUGCUGCUGCUCAUCAUCGCGCUGCUCGCCUGGUACUUCCUCAGGUUAAAAAACCAGAGAAAAGCAGUCGUCACAACAGUUGACAAGAAGAUACCAAAUGGCAUCCUGGAGGAACAAGACUUCGGAUACAGUACUGAGUCGUUAUACACCAUUGUACCACCAGAACAACAGACGGUGGUCCUUCUGCCCAGAUCCCCCUCGGCCUCCAAGACCUACUUCCCCAUCCCCGUGGACCACCUGGAGGAGGAGUACCGGCUCCGUUCGGCCGACGACGGAAAACUCUUCAGGGAGGAGUACAAUUCGCUGCCAGGCGGUAAUGCCCAGGGGACGUAUGAAGAGGCCAACAAGGACGACAACAAGGAGAAGAACAGAUACCCCAACAUCCUCCCCUAUGAUCAUUCCAGAGUGGUGUUGACUCAGCUGGAUGGAAAUCCCUGUUCAGACUAUGUGAAUGCUUCGUACAUUGAUGGUUACACAGAAAAGAACAAAUUCAUAGCGGCACAAGGUCCAAAAGAAGACACCGUCGCAGAUUUCUGGAGGAUGAUAUGGGAGCAGAAAGUAGCGACUGUUGUCAUGCUGACGAAUUUGAAAGAAAGGAAAGAAGACAAGUGCUACCAGUACUGGCCAGACCAGGGCUGUUGGACGUAUGGGAACGUCAGGGUGGCAGUAGAAGACUUCACUGUCCUGGUCGACUACACCAUCCGCAAGUUCUGCAUACAAUAUCAGGCUAGCGAUGCUGCCAAGACUCCACGGCUGGUGACGCAGCUUCACUUCACCAGCUGGCCUGACUUUGGCGUUCCCUUCUCCCCCAUCGGUAUGCUCAAGUUCCUCAAGAAAGUCAAGGCGGUCAACCCCCCCUUCUCUGGGCCCAUUGUCGUCCACUGCAGCGCCGGUGUCGGAAGGACGGGAACAUUCAUCGUAAUUGAUGCCAUGAUAGACAUGAUGCACGCGGAACAGAAGGUUGAUGUGUUUGGCUUCGUCUCCAAGAUACGGGAACAGCGAUCGCAGCUCAUUCAGACAGAUAUGCAGUACUCAUUCAUCUACCAGGCCCUUCUUGAAUACUACCUCUAUGGAGAUACGGAGCUGGAUGUGUCGUCUCUGGAAGGACAUCUGCACAAACUGCACAAUACUUUUGCAAACGGUGAUCGGGUCGGCCUGGAAGAAGAGUUUAAAAAACUGACAAACAUGCGAAUCAUGAAGGAGAACAUGAGAACAGGGAACCUUCCUGCCAAUAUGAAGAAAAACAGAGUGCUGCAAAUUAUUCCGUAUGACUUCAACAGAGUCAUUAUGUCCAUGCGCAGAGGUCAGGAGUUCACAGAUUACAUCAAUGCGUCGUUUAUAGAUGGCUACAGGCAGAAGGACUACUUCAUUGCCACCCAGGGCCCGCUGCCUCACACAGUGGAGGAUUUCUGGAGGAUGGUGUGGGAGUGGAAAUGUCACUCGAUUGUCAUGCUCACUGAGCUCCAGGAGAGGGAGCAGGACAAAUGCUGCCAAUACUGGCCCACAGAGGACACCGUCACCUAUGGAGAUUACACAGUAGAGCUGAAGGGAGACACUCUAUGCGACACCUUCAGUCUACGAGACCUGGUACUCACCUUUGUCCCGGACAAGCAGACGAGGCUGAUCAGGCACUUCCACUUCCACGGCUGGCCAGAGAUCGGCAUCCCGGCCGAGGGGAAAGGCAUGAUCGACAUCAUCGCCUCAGUGCAGAAACAGCAGCAGCAGUCUGGGAACCAUCCCAUCGUUGUACACUGCAGUGCUGGUGCAGGGCGAACAGGUACGUUCAUUGCACUGAGCAAUAUCCUGGAACGAGUCAAGGCAGAGGGUCUCCUGGACGUUUUCCAGACUGUGAAGAGUUUACGCAUGCAGAGGCCUCAUAUGGUCCAAACUGUGGAACAGUAUGACUUCUGCUACAGGGUGGUACAAGACUUUGUCGACAUUUUCUCAGACUAUGCCAAUUUUAAAUGAUGAGAUUUGCCUUAAACAUGAUUUUUAAUGUUGUUUUCUAAAGCUGGUUUGUCAGUUUUAUGUGUUUCAUUAACUUGGUCAAAUGAUCUUCUAUUUUGCUAUGCACUUGUCCUACCAUUUACUAAAAACCCCAUCCUUGCUGUACUAUAAUGUAUGUUAGUGGAUGAAAAUUGUAAAUGAAAAAAGUUAGAUUAAUAAUGUAUAUUUCACAUCAUGUAUGAUAAUUAGUUUAUCAUUAUUAUUUCCAUUUUGUUGUAUAAUACUGUACUUUAAAUGUUUAUCUAAAUGUUCAUUUGGAUUGACCAUGUAAUUAUUUUAAGAGUUGUAGUUAGUGUAAAUGUAUUUAUGUAUUGACGACGACAUUCCAUUUUUUGCUUUCGGAGAAUAUGACGGAAAUGUUUGGAUUGUUUUUUUGGUUUUUUUUGUUUUUUUCCUGUGUAACAAACAUUCUCUCAUUUACUGAUUGCUUUUUACCUGAGAUUAGAGGUGACAUUGGACAUACUUUGCAUUGUCCUCAAGCUACAUUACCCAAUCGAGAAUGUGAUACUCUUUCCAAUGGAGAAGAAGAAUGCAUCACUUAAGCCAUAUUGCAGAUUUUAAGGAGACACUGGCACUAUGUAAAAGUAUUCGGGGCGGAGGUUUCACAAUUAGACGCGUUAAACUGGUUUAGUUUCCCAAACAGCGGUCUACAGCUGCACUGAACGUGGAUGUAACUUUAACAGUCUGCCUUCUGUCUGACGAUAGCAAAAACUAUUUUUGCUACUGCGACUGCACAUUAAGAAGCACACACGGCGACUAAGCCUUUUGCUACGAACCUGUAAUAUUUAAGAACAUUUGACUGCUUUGUUUGUAUGUACAUGAGACUUUUCAUAGAUCAGUGCCAUACGUUACUCAAGUAAAACAACCCUGAAUUGAAGGUUGAACAUUGAUAAUAAAGGCGUAGUUCGAUGCAGUAUAAACCGCAACGUACAUCCUGUCAGAGCCUCACACAGUUUCUCUAUUUAAAGCGUAACAUACAAAUUCUACAAUGGAAACCACAACACACUCAAGUGGUGCUUCAGUGCCUGCUUAAUGCUAAAAGCAACAAGCACAUCAUCUAUAAAGGCCAUCAGUUACUAUCUUUAAGAAUAGAAGUUUUUUGUUUUGUUUUUUUUGGCUAAUUAUCAAAGACAAAAACCUGAAUGUUUCAUAUAGAGUAUUUAGUGGUAGUUUCAUUCGUCAGGAUGUAUUUGAAUGUCAAAAAGCUUUUUCUGUGUUUGACGACUUGUCUGGAAGUGAGUGCAGUAACCCCUUUUCCACCCGGUACUCCCAAAAUUAAAACCAAACAUCGGUAAUAAUUAGGUUACAAUUUCUUAACGAGAUAUGUAAUUUUUUUGUCGAUGCUCUGUGUAAAUAAUACGUGACAAAGCGCUAACAUUGUGAGAGUUGCCGAGCAGCGAAGAACUGUCUGGUGGUUCGUCAUUUUGUGUCUGUCUGUGGGAGAUGUGAGGUGCAGCACAAGAAGAAACUGAGAUCUAACAAAACAACCCCCGGUCUAUUUUCCCAUGGCUUCUUUUCUGCCCAUGCCUUCCUUUUAAGAGUAUUGAGGAGGGUCUGUAUAGACUGCAGCUCUUUGCCUUCGCUCUCUCUGUGGGUGGUCUAUCCCUUUUUGGAUUCUAAAUAUCUUUGAAAUGCAAGUUGCAAUAUUAAAUUUAUCUGAAAAUGC